AGGGACUCUGAGCUGGGGACAGUUCACUCAGACACGCAGCUGGACCGGACAGGGCGGCUUCCGGGUUUGGCGCGGCCUUUGUCUCUUGCUGCAGCCGGAGCUCCGGGUCUCGUCUUCACUGCUGUUUGUCCUCUGCUCCUAGAGGCCCAGACUCUGUGGCUCUGUGACCUGCAGGUAUUGGGAGAUCCACAGCUAAGACUCCAGGACCCUCUGGAAGCCUAGAAAUGGGACCAUUGACAUUUAUGGAUGUGGCCAUAGAAUUCUCUCUGGAGGAGUGGCAGUGCCUGGACACAGCACAGCAGAAUUUAUAUAGGAAUGUCAUGUUAGAGAACUACAGAAACCUGGUAUUCCUGGGUAUUGCUGUGUCUAAUUUAGACCUGAUCACCUGUCUGGAGCAAGGAAAAGAGCCCUGGAAUAUGAAGAGACACGAGAUGGUAGCCAAACCCCCAGCUAUGUGUUCUCAUUUUGCCAAAGACCUUAGGCCAGAGCAAUAUAUAAAAAAUUCUUUCCAACAAGUGAUACUGAGAAGAUAUGGAAAAUGUGGAUAUCAGAAAGACUGUAAAAGUGUGGAUGAGCAUAAGUUGCACAAAGGAGGUCAUAAGGGACUUAACCAGUGUGUGACAACUACCCAGAGCAAAAUAGUUCAGUAUGAUAAAUAUGUGAAAGUCUUUCAUAAAUAUUCAAAUGCAAAGAGACAUAAGAUAAGACAUACUGGAAAAAAUCCUUUCAAAUGUAAAGAAUGUGGCAAAUCAUUUUGCAUGCUUUCACAACUAACUCAACAUGAGAUAAUUCAUACUGGAGAAAAACCCUACAAAUGUGAAGAAUGUGGCAAAGCUUUUAAAAAGUCCUCAAACCUUACGAAUCAUAAGAUAAUUCAUACUGGAGAGAAACCCUACAAAUGUGAAGAAUGUGGAAAAGCUUUUAACCAGUCCUCAACUCUUACUAGACAUAAGAUAAUUCAUACUGGAGAGAAACUCUACAAAUGUGAAGAAUGUGGCAAAGCCUUUAACCGGUCCUCAAACCUUACUAAACAUAAGAUAGUUCAUUCUGGAGAGAAACCCUACAAAUGUGAAGAAUGUGGCAAAGCUUUUAAACAGUCCUCAAACCUUACUAAUCACAAGAAAAUUCAUACUGGAGAGAAACCCUACAAAUGUGGAGAAUGUGGCAAAGCCUUUACCCUAUCUUCACACCUUACUACACAUAAGAGGAUUCAUACUGGUGAGAAACCCUACAAAUGUGAAGAAUGUGGCAAAGCUUUUAGUGUAUUCUCAACCCUUACUAAACAUAAGAUAAUUCAUACUGAAGAGAAACCCUAUAAAUGUGAAGAAUGUGGCAAAGCUUUUAACCGGUCCUCACACCUUACUAAUCAUAAGGUAAUUCAUACUGGAGAGAAACCCUACAAAUGUGAAGAAUGUGGUAAAGCCUUUACCAAGUCCUCAACUCUUACUUAUCAUAAGGUAAUUCAUACUGGAAAGAAACCCUACAAAUGUGAAGAAUGUGGUAAAGCCUUUAGUAUAUUCUCAAUCCUUACUAAACAUAAAGUAAUUCAUACUGAAGAGAAACCCUACAAAUGUGAAGAAUGUGGCAAAACUUUUAACUACUCCUCAAAUUUUACUAAUCAUAAAAAAAUUCAUACUGGAGAGAAACCCUAUAAGUGUGAAGAAUGUGGCAAAAGCUUUAUUCUGUCCUCUCAUCUUACUACACAUAAGAUAAUUCAUACUGGAGAGAAACCCUACAAAUGUGAAGAAUGUGGCAAAGCUUUUAACCAGUCCUCAACCCUUAUGAAACAUAAGAUAAUUCAUACUGGAGAGAAACCCUACAAAUGUGAAGAAUGUGGCAAAGCCUUUAACCAGUCCCCAAAUCUUACUAAACAUAAGAGAAUUCAUACCAAACAGAAACCCUACAAAUGUAAAUAAUGUGUCAAAUCCUGUAGUGUAUUUUCAACUUUUAUUAAAACACAAGAUAAUUCAUACUGGAGAGAAAUCCUACAAAUGUGAUAAAUGUGACAAAGCCUUUAACUGGCUCUUAAUCCUUAUGAAACAAAAGACAAUUCAUACUAGAGAGAAACCCUACAAAUGUAAAGAAUGUGGCAAAGCAUUUAACUGGUCCCUAAAUCUUACUAAACAUAAAAAAACUUACACUGGAGAGAAACUACAAAGCUGGAAGACAUCACAGUAAUUUUGACAACACCUCAAACUUUUCUAAACAUAAAUCAUACUGGUGAGGAACUUUAAAAAUGCAAAAAAUGUGACAAAAUCUUUAAAUGAUUGUCACACUUGAUUGUAGGUAAGAUAAUUCUUACUAGAAAAACUCUUACAAGUGUGAAGAAUGUGGCAAAAUUUUUAAUGAAUACUCACACCUUAUUGCCAGGAAAGCAUUUAUACUUGAGAAAAAUUGUACCAAUAUAAAGACUGUGAAAAAGCCAUUAAUGUCUGCUCACAUCUUACUCAACAUCAGAGAGUACUAAUAAAAGUAUUAUAAAUUUAAUUACUGUCAAAAAAUCUUUCAGAAAAUAUAAGCUUUUAAAGUAUUUAUUUUGAAGACAAACAUUACAAAUAAAAGAGGGUUGUAAUACCUUUAUUUGUAUCACAGAUCUUAUUGUACACAUUUUGUACUAGAGAAAACCCUGAAGCAGUUGCUUAAACUUUGUUCAACAUCAGGGAAUUCAGAUUGGAGAAAAACCCUGCAAAUGUAAUAAAUUUGAAAAAAAAGUUUCCCAAAACUACAACUUAGACAACACCAGAGGGUUCAUACUGAGAUAUAUUUUUGCAGAUGCAGUAUAUAUUUAAAACAUUUAGUCCAAAAUUAAGUCUAUGUAAAUAUCAGAGAAUUCACAGUAGAAAUAUCUAAGGUAGGGCCGGGCAUGGUGGCUCACACCUGUAAUGCCAGCACUUUGGGAGGUUGAGGUGGGCAGAUCAUGAGGUCAACAGAUUGAGACCAUCCUGCUCAACAUGAUAAAACCCUGUCUCUACUAAAAAUACAAAAAUUAGCCGGGCGUGGUGGCAUGUGCCUGUAGUCUCAGCUACUUGGGACGCUGAGGCAGGAGAAUCCGUUGAACCCAGGAGGCAGAGGUUGUAGUGAGCCGAGAUUGCACCACUGCACUCCAGCCUGGUGACAGAGUGAGACUCCAUCUUAAAAACAAACAAACUAAGGUAUGGACGCUUCAGACAUUACACUAUAUCAAAGUGCUGACUGUUAAAAAUGAUCCCAAACUAACGGUAGAUAAAUUUAUUUGUACAUAACUUUAAAAGGAGUAGAAGAUUUUUUGGAAGUUUGUAAUUACAUUCAAAGUACACUUUUUUUUGUUUGUUUGUUUUCCUUGAGACAGAGUCUCUCUAUGUCGUCCAAUCUGGAGUGCAGUGGCACAAUCUCAGCUAACUGUAACCUCUGCCUCCUGGGUUCAAGCAAUUUUCCUGCCUCAGCCUACUGAGUAGCUGAGAUUACAGGUGCACACCACCACGUCCGGCUGACUUUUGUAUUUUUAGUAGAGACAGGGUUUCACCAUAUUGGUCAGGCUAGUCUUGAACUCCUGACCUCAUGCUCUGCCCAGCUUGGCUUCCCAAAGUACUGUGAUUACAGGCUUAAGCCACAGCGCCCAGCCCAAAGUGUACUUUUUUCCUUGAAAAGAAGUACAGAUUUUUUAAAAGCUAAUAUUGCUGUAAUUCAACUCUCAAGUUACUUGAUGCUAUUUCUUCAUUUCUAUUGUAUUCACAUGUGAAAGCAUGUGAUCAGUUGUUACGGCAUCAAAGAUAGGAGAGUUUCUUUUUUUUUUAGGUGGGCAUUAUUUAUGACCUUUUCUUUGGAAGAGUAAGGACAUUAAAAUGUAACAUGCAUGAUGAAAAUCUAAGUGGAGAUGAUAUUUGUGGUUAACUUAUGAUAUUGAGUGGUGCAUGAGGUAGGUGUUUAGAGUAAUAUUCUUUUGCAUUAUAGUAAGAACAUUUAAGUUUUGUUAAACUUAAAAAAUUAGUAGUACAUUAUUUUACUAUUUGUACUUUUAUGUAAUAAAAUGCAAUACAUUUUUAAAUUUUCAGAUGAUGUGUGAACUUAAUUGUUUAAUUAUACAUUUUUUAACAUGUUAAUACUAUUGUGCAUUCAAUGAAGCAUUAUUAUGCCACUAACUGAAACCUAUCCCAUUUACUCAAAGGUGUAGGUAAAUGAUAGUAAGAAUAUACUAUUUGGUAACGUAAUCAACUAACAUCUCUGGUAAUCUCCUUUGCCAGUGGCUUUCAACUGCAAAUAAGUUAAAAAAAAAAACUGUUUCCGUAGGUUAAAUUUUUAUUCUUUUUUCUUGUUUAAAUCUGUUUAAUUUUUUUUUUUUUUUUUUUUUUUUUGAGACAGAGUCUCGCUGUGUCCCCCAGGCUGGAGUGCAGUGGCACGAUCUCGGCUCACUGCAAGCUCCGCCUCCCACAUUCAUGCCAUUCUCCUUCCUCAGCGUCCUGAGUAGCUGGGACUACAGGCGCCCGCCAACACGCCCAGCUAAUUUUUUGUAUUUUUAGUAGAGACGGGGUUUCAUCGUGUUAGCCAGGAGGGUCUCGAUCUCCUGACCUCAUGAUCCGCCCAUCUCGGCUUUCCAAAGUGCUGGGAUUACAGGCGCGAGCCACUGCGCCUGGCCUAGAUUUUUAUACAACGUGUAGCAAAUACAAAAUUUGCUAGAAAAUGUAUUUUAGAAAUUAAAAUUUUAGGAGUUCUAAUGGUAAGUAAAGAAUUUUAAAUUUACUUCUCUGUAAUGUAGUGUAACUUAAUUUCUAUGCAGAAUCUUCCACUUUAAGAGUGAAUGUUAAACAUGGCAAAAUAAUAAAGUGACCUCUGUGAAUUUGAAAUUUGAGAUAAUAUUUCUUUUCCAUACUGAUAUUACAAUUUGAAGAAAUUUCCAGUUCAUAUAAUUUUUUUUCAGUGGGUGAAGUUCAGUCUACAGUUUUUUUUGUUUUUGAGAAAGAGUUUUGCUCUGUUGCCCAGGCUGGAGUGCAGUGGCCCAACCUCGGCUCACUGCAACCUCUGCCUCCCAGGUUCAAGUGAUUCUCCUGCCUCAGCCUUCCAAGUAGCUGGGAUUACGGGCGUGCGCCACCACACCCAGCUAAUUUUUGUAUUUUUAGUAGAGAUCAGGGUUUCCCCAUAUUGGGCAGGCUGGUCUCGAACUGCUGACCUCAUGAUCCACCUGCCUCAGAUUCCCAAAAUGCUCAGAUAACAGGCGUGAGCCCCCGCCCCUGGCCCAAUCUGCAGUUUUUAUUCUGAGUCAUCUAAGUAUAGCCAACUCCUUGGUCAUUUUCUCUGAAGAAUUUUGGAAAUUUUGGCAACUUGUGGAUUAAAACAUUUCCUAUUAUUUUGCAUGCAAGCUUGUUUACUGUGUUCACAGUCAUGGGACAAUAAACAUCACCUGCCCAUUUACUGUCUAUCAUACCAUUACUAUCAGCACCAGAAACUCCAGGUGCCCCAAGCUUAGAAGCCCUAAACUACAUUGGCUCCUCUCAUACACUGUGCUGUGUCCAGAACAUGCUGUUAAAUACAGAGUACCUAUGGUUGUGUUGUGGCUGAAAAAUAAUGCGAAAAAAACAGCACAAAAACUAUAUAUUUUGGAUACUAUUCAGCCAAGUUAAUGACGAAGACACAAUAUUUGAAACGUUAUCCUUCUAUAAUGUUUUAAAAAUACAUUUCUUAACUGGACAGAUGAAAUGUGUGUUCUGUAAAGCAUGAUGAUUUGAAGUAUAUCUACAUUGUCAAAUGCUAAAUUCUAGGUAAUUAAUGCUUUACCUCACAUAGUUUACAUUUUUGUGGUGAGAGCCUGUAAUAUCCUCUUACCAUUUUUCAAAAAUACAAUAUUAUGAACUGUAGUCAGUGUUGUACAAACAAUAUCUUGAACUUAUUCCUCCAACUUAACUAUAAUUAUGUAUUCAUUGAUAGACAUCUUUCCAAACCAUUCUUUUUUCUAAAUAUCUUGGCAUCUUGUGGUCACCAUUUUACUCUCUACUUCAAUGAGAUUUGUUAUUUAUACUUUAAGUGUAGGUGAAAUCGUGAAAUACUAAUCUUUCUGUGCCUGGCUUAUUUCAACUAAUAUCCUCUAGGUUAAUCCAUGUGGUUGAAAAUAAUAGAAUUUUUUUUUAGAGGUGAAGAGUAUUCCACUAGAUAUAUCUACCACAUUGUCUGUAUUUAUUUAUUAGGUGUUGAAUGUUGCAAACAACAUAGAAGUGCAAACUUUCCUUCAUUGUGAUUUUAUUCAUUUUGGAUGUAUAUUUAAUAGUGCAAUUGCUGUAUUAUAUGGUAGUUUGAUUUUAAAUUUUUUUGAAAAAUCUCUUUUGUUUUCCAAAAUGGCUGUCCUCAUUUACACUCAUACCAAUAGUGUACAAGCAUUCCCUUUUCUUCACAUCUUUAUCAACACAUUUCUUUUUACUAAGAGUCAUUUUAUCAAAAGUGAGUAUAUAUCUCACAGUUAUUUUGGCUUGGCUUUCAAUAAUAAUAAUUGACAUUGAGAAUUUUUUAUGUAUCUGUUGGCUCUAUGUAUGUCUUUUGAAAAAUAAGCAUUUUACUCAUUUUUAAUAGUUGUUUGUUUUUUGUGAUAUAGUCAUUUGAAUUUUAAUAUAUUUUUGAUAUUAACCCUUUGUCACAUGUAUGAUUUGCACAUAUUUUCUCUUAUUCCUUAGUUGUCACAUCCUGUUGAUUUCAUCAGAUUCUGUGCAGCAGCUUUUUAAUUUGAAGUAAUCUGAGUCAUCUAUUUUUCCUUUGCUUUCCUGGGGUUUGAGUUUAAAUCAUAAAGUCACUGCCAGCCGGGUGUGGUGAUUCAUGCCUGCAAUCCCAGCAUUUUGGGAGGCUGAGGCAGGUGGAUCACUUGAGGCCAGUUUGAGACCAGCCUGGCCAACAUGGUGAAACCCCGUCUCUACUAAAAAUACAAAAAUUAGCCAGACUUGAUGGCACACACCUGUAGUCCCAGCUACUUGGGAGACUGAGGCGGGAGAAUUGCUUGAACCCGGGAGAUGGAGGUUGCAGUGAGCUGAGGUUGCACCAAUGCACUCCAGCCUGUGCAAAAGAAUGAGACUCCAUCUCAAAAAAAAAAAAAGUUACUGCCUAGACCAAUGUUAUGGGGCUUUUACUCUACUUUUGUGUAUUAGUUUCAUUGCAGUUUCAAGCAUUACAUGUAAGUUUCUAAUUUAUUUUGAAUUGAUUUUUACAUAUGGUGUCAAAUGAGGAUCUCAUUGCUUUGCAUGUGGCUGUAAAGUUUCUCAACACCAUUUAUUGAAGAUACUGUCCUUUCUCUGAGAAAUUGUCACCUAUAUUUAAAAUUAGAUAGUUGUAAAUACAUGGAUAUAUUUCUGGUUUCUUUGGGUUCAUUUUUAUUCCAAUAUACUGCUUUGGUUACUAUAGCUUUGUAGUAUAUUUCAAAGUAAGGUUGUGUGAUACCUUCAGCCUUUCUUUUUUGCUUGAUUGCUCUGGGUAUUUGGGGUCUUUUGUGGUACCAUAUUAACUUUAAAUACAUUUAAAAAAUUUUAUGAAGUCACUGGUAUUUUGAUACAGGUUACAUUUUAUCUGUAGAUUAUUUUGUUUAACACACAUAUUUUGCAAUAUUAAUAGUACCAAUUCAGGAAUGAGUAAUAUUUUCCAUUUGUGUAUUACUUAAUUUUUUACUUUAAUGUUCUUUAGAUUAUAAUAUAAGGUGUUUCACCUUUUUACUUAAAUUUAUUUCAAAGUAUAGUUACUCAAGUUAUUGUAGCUGGGAUUCUUUUUAAAUUUCAUUUUGAGAUAGUUAAUUGUUAGUGUAUAGAAAUGCUACUGACUUUCAUAUGUUGAUUUGUAUUCUGCAAAUUUAAUAAAUUUGUUAAUUAGUUCUAGUAGUUCUAGUAAAGUCUUAGGCUUUUCUGUACUUAAGAUUAUAUCGUCUGCAAACAGAAAUAAUUUAAUUUCUUUUCUUCCAAUCUGCCUAUCUUUGCUUUUAUCUUACAGUUUCUCUUUUUGGACAUUUAGUAUUAUGUUUAGUUAAGAAUGUAGAAAGUGGUCAUCUGCUCAGGAGUGGUGGCUCAUGCCUGUAAUCCCAGCACUUUAGGAAGCCAAGGCAGGUGGAUCACCUGAGGUCAGGAGUUCGAGACCAGCUUGGCCAACAUGGUGAAACCCAGUCUAACUAAAAAUACAAAAAUUAACUGGAUAUGGUGGCAGGUGCAUGUAAUCCCAGCUACUUGGGAGGCAGAAGGAGGUGAAUCGCUUGAACCUGGGAGGCAGAGGUUGCAGUGAGCUGUGAUUGUGCCAUUGCACUCCAGUCUGGGUGACAAGAGUGAGACUCCGUCAAAAAAAAAAAAGAGAGAAGAAAGAACAAGAAAGAGAAAGAAAAGGAAGGAAGGAGAGAGAGAAAGAAGAAAGAAAAGGAGACAAGGAAAGGAAGAAAGGAGGGAGAAAGAGAAGAAAGAAAAGGAGAGAAGGAAAGGAAGGAAGGAAGAAAGGAAAAGGAAGAAAGAGGGCAUCCCUGUCUUGUUCUAGGUCUUAGAGUAAGAGCUUACAUUUCACUGUUUAAUAUGUUGUUAGCUGGGCAUUUUUUCUAUACAUGGCAUUUAUUGGCUUGAGAUGCAUUUGUCCUAUACUAAUUAUUUUUUAGAGAUUAUCAUGAGGGAAUGUUGAAUUUUGUCAAACUUUUUUUUUUUUUUUUUUGGGUGGAGUUUCACUCUUGUCAUCCAGGCUGGAGUGCACUGGCACGAUCUCGGCUCACUGCAACCUCUGCCUCCCAGGUUCAAGCAAUUCUCCUGCCUCAGCCUCCUGAGUAGCUGGGAUUACAAGUGUGAGCCACCACGCCCAGUUAAUUUUUGUAUUUUUAGUAGAGACGGGGUUUCACCACGUUGGCCAGGCUGGUCCCGAACUCCUGACCUCAGGUGACCCGCCCGCCUUGACCUCCCAAAGUGCUGGGAUUACAGGUGUGAGCCACUGCACCCAGCCAAAUUUUGUCAAGCUUUUAUUCUGCAUCUAUUUAAAUGUUAGAGUUGUGAUAUCACAACUAAUUUCACAUAAAUAGUAAACAUCCUCAGAGACUACUAUGUACAUCUCUAUGCAUGCAAACUAAAAAAUUUAGAGAAAAUAGAUAAACUCCUGGAUACAUCCAGCUUCUCGGUAUUGAACCAGAAAGAAACAGAAGUCUUGAACAGAGCAACAAUGUAUAAAGUAUAUAAUAAGAUUGAAUUACUAAUAAAACAAGCUACCAACCAUAGAAAGCCCUGGAUAAGAUGAGUUCACAGCCACAUUUUAUCACAUAUACAAAGAUAACCUGGUACUAAUUCUACUGCGUGUAUUCCAGAAAUCAAGGUGGAAGUCCUUCCUAAAUUAUUUGAAAACAUUAUUAUCUUGGUAGUAAAACCUAGUGAAGACACAACAAAAAAGGAAAAUUACUGGUCACUAUUCUUGGUGAAAAUUGAAACAAAAAUUCAUGAAGUACCAGCAAGUUGAGUUCAUAAGCAAAGCAAAAAGGUAUUUUGCCACAAUCAUGUAAACUUCAUUGUAUGAAUGCAAAGAUAUUUCAUCAUAUACAAGUAAAUAAAUGUGAUUCACCAUGUAAAGAUAAUUUUUAAAAAACAAUUAUCACAUGCAGAAAAGGCAUUAAAAUCUAGUACUCAUUUAUAAAAACAUUCUCAACAAACUAAGCAUUGGAGAAAUAUGCCUGAAAAUAAUAAGAGCCAUCCAUGACAAAUCCUCAGCCAACAUCAUACUGAGCGGGCAAAACCUGGAUGAGGUCUCCAUCAGAAUAAAAAUAAGGCUGGGUGCGGUUGCUCACGCCUGUAAUCCCGGCUUUUUGGGAGGCUGAGGCGGGUGGAUCACCUGAGGUCAGGAGUUCAAGACCAGCCUGGCCAACAGGGUGAAACUCUGUCUGUACUAAAAAUACAAAAAAUUAGCCUGUCCUGCUGGCAGGCAUGUGUAAUCCCAGCUACUCACGAGGCUGAGGCAGGAGAAUCACUUGAAUGUGGGAGGCGGAGGUUGCAGUGAACUGAGAUCAUGCCAUUGCAAUCCAGCCUGGGCAACAAGAGUGAGACUCCAUCUCAAAAAAAGAAAAAAGACAAGAGUAUCCACUCUAAACACUUCUAUUCAACAUAGUCCUGAAAGUCGUAGCCACAGCAAUUUAACAAGAUAAAGCAAUAAAACGUAUUCAAAUAGAAAAAGAGGAAGUCAAAUUAUCUUCACUGGUGAUACAAUUCUCUACCUGGGAAACUUCACCGAAAAAGAUUUCACCAAAAGAUUUCUAAGCCUAAAGAAUGACUUCAGCAAAGUCUCACCAUACAAAAUCAACGUACACAAAUGAGUAGCAUUUCUGUGCACCAAUAAUAUUCAAGCUGAGAAAAAAAGAACAUGGUUCUAUUUACAAUAGGUACAAACAAAAAAAUAUGUAAUUAGUAAUACAUUAAAUCGAGGUAAAAUAUCUCUACAACAAGAACUACAAAACUGCUGAAAAAAAUUAGAGACAACACAAAUAAGUAAAAAGGCACUCCAUGCUCAUGAAUUUAAAGAAUCAGUAUAAUUAAAAUGUCCGUGCUGCCUAAAGCAACUUACAGAUUAAGUGCUAUUUCUAUCAAAUUAUAAAUGCAACUUUUUAUGGAAUUAGAAAACUAUUCUAAAAGUCAUAUGGAAGAAUAAAACAGCCCAUUUAGCCAAAGCAACAUUAACAACAAAGCAAUCCUGGAGGCCUCGCAUUACCUGGCUUGUACUACAAGCUACAGUAAUCCAUAUUACAUGACUUGCUACAAAAAUACACAUGUAGACCAAUAGAAAGAAGAGAAAGCCCUGAAAUAAGUUUACAUUUCUACACCCAACUUUUUUCUGACAAAGUCAACAGAAGUAAACAAGGAAAAACUCUCUAUCCAACAAAUGGUACUGGGAAAACUGGUUAAUCAUAUGUAGAAGGAGAAAAUUGAAACUGUACCUCUCACCAUAUAAAAAAUAUAAUUCAAAAUAGACUAAAAACUUAACUGUGAAACUUAAAGCUAUAAAAAUCGUAGAACGUCAAAAAAGUACUCUUCUAGUCACUGGCCUCUGGAAAGGAUUUAUGACUAACACCAUAAAAGUGAAUGCAACAAAAAUAAAAGUGAAAAAUUAACACCUAAUUAAACUAAAAAACUUCUGCACACCAAAAGAAACCAUUGACAAAUAUGCAGACAACCUAGAGUAUGGAAUAAACUAUUUUCAAACUUCAUACAAGAAAAAGUUAAUAUUUAUUCAUAUAUAUUAUGUAUUUAUAUAAUAUAUAAAUUAAGUUAAUGGUUAGAAUACUAUAAAAACUUAAUAAGGAAAUACACAAAUGAUCUGACUAGACACUUAUCAAAAAGACAUGAGAGUUGCCAAUAAACAUGCAAAAAAUUGCUCACCAUCCCUAAUCAUCAGAGACAUGUAAAUCAAAAUGACAAUGUGAUGCCAUUUCAUAGCAGUUACAAUGGCUGUUAUUAAAAAGUAAAAAUAUUGCAGAUGUUGAAGUUGUGGAGAAAAGGGAAUGUUCAUAUACUGUUGGUUGAAAUGCAAUUUAAUGCAGCCCUUGUGAAAUGCAGUUUGGAGAUUUCUUAACCGAAAAUAGAAUUGCCGUUUGACCCAUCAGUCUCAUUACUGGGUGUAUACCAAAAGGAGAAGAAAUUAUUUAUUUAUUUAUUUGUUUAUUUUUGAGAUGGAGUCUUGCUCUGUCUCCCUGGCUAGAGUGCAGUGGCGUGAUCUGGACUCACUUCAGUCUCUGCCUGCUGGGUUCCAGCAAUUCUCCUGCCUCAGCCUCUUGAGUAGCUGGGACUACAGGCAUGUGUCACCAUGCCCGGCUAAUUUUUUGCAUUUUUAGUGGAGACGGGGUUUCAUCCUGGUGGCCAGGCUGGUCUCCAACUCUUGACCUCGUGAUCCACCCACCUGGGCUUCCCAAAGUGCUGGGAUUACAGGCGUGAGCCACUGUGCCCAGCCUGAGAAUAAAUUAUUUUACCCAAAAGACUCCUUGCACUCACGUGUUUAUUGCAGCACUAUUCACAGUAGCAAAGACAUAGAAUUAAACUAGGUAGCCAUGAAUCUUAAAUUGGAUUAAAAAAACUUAGAUACUUGUACAUCAUGCAAUACUAUGCAGCCACAGAAGAGAGUGAAGUAAUGUCCUUUGUAGCAACAUGUCUGCAGAAGAUGGCCAUUAUUCUAAGCAAAUUAACAGAAAACUAUUACGUGUUCUUACUUACACGUGGGAGCUAAACAUUGGAUGCAUAUGGAAACAAAGAUGAAAACAAUAAACACUGGGGAUUCCAAAAAGAAGAAAGAAGGGAGAGAAGCAGUGAAAAACUACUUAACAGGUAUGAUGUACACCACUUGGGUAAUAGGAUUAUUAAGUGCCCAAACCUCAACAUCAUGCAGUAUGCCUAUGUUACAAAUCUGCACACGUACCCUCAAUCUGUAAUAAUAAAAUGCUUUGUGGAUAAUGACAUGUUA